AUGUUGCUAGCGCCCCAAGACGAACUCAAUUCAUACUCAUCAAAUGCCAUAACGUCAGAGCCUGUCAAGUGCAUGCGAGGAACCUGUGCUGUACUGGGUAUGUGCAUGUGUGGUAUGAAGGACCGUGCGAAGCCGACUAUGCCACUCAAGAUGCAGAACUCUUUCAGAAAACUUUCCGUUGAGUCAGCACAUCCUCCCGAACUUCCAGCAGCACCAGCUGUUAGCGCCCGUGGUGCCAACAAGUCAGUUGAAAAGGCCAAGAGCGUUCAGACUGAAACUCGAGAUUCAAAGCCGGCGGAGGUUGCGGCUUCAAGACCCAUGGAGAUUGCGGCGUCCAAACCUAUGGAGGUCCCGACGUCAAGGCCUGUCGAGGCCGCUUCUCCAAAACCUGCUUCACCACCUGAGACAAAACCUGAUUUUUCUAUGUUCGAUUUUAGCAUUUGA